UUCCUGCUUUAAUUAAUAUUCUAAUUUGUUCCAUGCAUUAUAAAUUCAAGAUUAUUUGCUCUUCACUUGGUCUAUUGUCAUCAAAUUAAUCGAAAAGAAAGAAAGAAAGAAACAACAAAAGGUGGGAAAAUGGCAGGUUUGUUUGAGAAGCAAGCAGAAGAUUAUCUGAACGCUCGGCCAACAUACCCAAAAGAGUGGUACUCCAAGCUAGCUGCCCUCACCCAUCACCGGAACUUGGCUUGGGAUGUCGGCACGGGCAACGGCCAAGCUGCUCUUGGUGUGGCCGAGCACUUCGACCAAGUGAUCGGAACCGACAUAAGUGAGGCGCAGAUUCAGCGCGCAAUGCCGCAUCCACGUGUCCAAUACAUCCACACUCCGUCAACAUUCACAGACGAAGAAAUCAUAUCCUUAUUUGGAGGUGAAAAUUCGGUGGACUUGAUCACUGUAGCCCAAGCAAUCCAUUGGUUCGACCUCCCAAGCUUCUAUUCUCUUGUUUCUCGUCUUCUUCGCAAACCAGGAGGCCUAUUUGCCGUUUGGUGCUACAAUGGCAUGCGAGUCAGUCCCACAUUUGAUCCUCUAGUGAUGAAGUUUUAUGAAACAACAAUUCCAUUUUGGAACUCAGAUAGCAAUCACGCGUUUGAUGGGUACAAAACGCUGCCGUUUCCUUUUGAGAGUGUGGGUUUGGGAUCUGAGGGGAAUCCAUUGGCUUUGGACAUGUCUAGGGAGCUUUCUUUUGAAGGGUUUUUGAGCACAUUGAGGUCGUGGUCUGCGGUGAAUACGGCAAAGGAUCAAGGUUUAGAUUUGUUGAAUGAAAAGGUUGUGAAAGAAUUUGAGAAUGAAUGGGGUGGGUCUAAUUUGGUUAGGUCUGUUUCCUACAAGGCUUUUAUGCUUGUUGGAAAAGUUAAGAACUAGUUUCUAUUUAUCUAUUUAUUUGUACAAUUAUUUCAGCACAAAUAAUUGUGAUUCCACCAUCUUUAUAUAAAUGGUCAACAACACAUUGGAUACCAAAUAAAAAGACAGUUUCAAGGUUUUACUUUCUUUUCCAUACUAGAAGGUAAAAGUAGAAAUAAUGUUGAGAGUAGGG